AUGGCGAACAUUCAAGCAAGUGGUGCAUCGAAAAAGAGAUGCUUCGUGACGAUUGGUGCAACAGCACCAUUUAACAGUCUCAUCAAGGCCGUAUUGGCGGACGAAUUCAUCCAAGCAUUGCAGCAAGCUGGGUACACAGAACUACGCGUGCAGUAUGGCGAUCAUGAAGGAGAAGCCGUCUUCCGGCAAAGGACCGACGAUCCAAACUCGUUGCUGGUGAAGACGGGAUUUCUUAUCACUGGAUUCGGCUUCGACAAAACAGGUCUGAGAGAAGAGAUUGCCGUUGUCAAGGGGAGAUCCGCUGCCGACGAAGGCAUGGUCAUUAGUCACGCAGGGUCCGGCUCAGUAUUGGAUGUCCUUAGGGUGGGCAUCCCGAUCGUGGUCGUCCCGAACACAGACCUCCUGCAUAACCAUCAAGUCGAGUUGGCGGAGGCACUUGCCGAACAAGACUACGUUGUUUACGGAAAGAUAGACAUGUGCGUAUAUGACCCGAAUCAACAUUUUGACUUGAUUUUCGCCUUUAGUGAUCUGGCAUCCUCCAUAUCCCAGGUCGAAACUCUCCGAAGAAGAAUGAAGAAAUGGCCACCACUUCGCUCCGGCGAUGAGAAAUACGAGAACGGCAUCGCGGAUGUCCUGGCCGAGGAAAUGGGCUGGCAAUUGGACUGA